AUGGCGACCAAGCGCAUUGAGCAAUGGGAGGUUGAGCGCUAUUGGGAGAUCUUUGCUUCGCUCUCGAAUGGCGGUACCCAUCUGAACGGCGCACAGGCGGCUUCAGUGCUGAAGAACAGCCAGCUGCGCGACGACCAGCUUGAACGAGUGUGGGACCUGGCGGAUGUCGACGGCGAUGGAAGCCUGGAUUUCGAGGAGUUUUGCGUCGCCAUGCGCUUGAUCUUUGACUUGGUCAACGGAGAGUACAUGGACGUUCCGGCCUCUCUGCCCGACUGGCUCGUCCCCGAAAGCAAAGCACAUUUGAUCCAAGCAUCUCACGCCAUUUCAGGCCGUCAAGCCCAAUUCGAACAGGUGCAUGACCUCGACGACGACACACCAGGACUCAAAGACGGCUUCGAUUGGUACAUGCCUCCGUCCGACCGCACAAAGUACGAGGAAAUCUACAGUGCCAACCGCGACCCGCGCGACGGCAGCAUCACUUUCGAAUCGCUCAACCCGCUCUACGAAUCCCUAGACGUCCCCGACACAGACAUGCGCAGCGCCUGGAAUCUCGUCAACCCGCGAAGCGAUCCCGCUAUUGGCAAAGACCAGUGUCUCGUUUUCCUCCACAUGCUCGCCAACCGUCACGAAGGCUACCGCAUCCCUCGCUCCGUUCCUCCAAGCCUACGCGCCACUUUUGAGCAGGGCCGUAUCGACUAUCAGGUCGACAAGGUACAAACCGCCGCCGAUCGCUGGGGUACCCAGCGUGAUGACAGCACCAUGAGCGGCAAGAAGCAGAAGUUCGGCGAUGCGUACCUCAGUCGCUUGGGAGUUGGUGACCGUGGCGCAUACAGACCGAAAGGCACCGAUUUCACCGCUACCCGUACCGAUGCCGAGUGGGAGGAGGUGCGUCUGAAGAAGCAACUCAAAGAGCUAGAGGAAAAGAUGGAGAGGGUCGAAGAGCAAGCAAAAAAGCGAAGAGAACGUGGCGGUAGACGGGACGAGAGCAAACCCGCUCUGGUGAAGCGUGAACUCGAGCAGUUGCUUGACUGGAAGCGUUGUGAGCUACGCGACCUCGAAACUGGCGAGGGGCGAGCCAAGGUCGGUCAGGGGCUCAAGGGUCUCAGCGAUGAAAUCUCGAUGGUCAAGGAACAGGUCGAUGGUCUUGAAGCUCACUUGCGGAAGAGGGAGGAGGUGCUCAGCGACCUAAGGAAGCAGAUUGAUGACGAGAAGGCGGCGAGAUAA